UCGCAUAAUUGUGACACAUAAAUGUGCGAUCACAGUCACUAAAGUGCCUGGAAGUUGAUUUAAACCUAAAAAUAUUUGUAUAUUAGACUAUGGUGCACGUUUCAGGAGGAGGAAAAUGUUUUAUUUUUGCACCUUAAUUAUUCCCGAGUGAUUAUUAUUAUUUUUAAUUUCGAUUUUUAAAAUUUUGGUUAUGUGAAACUCUGAAAGGUUUAUUUAAUUGUAUUAUUAUUAUUAUUUGUUUGACUGCAACAUUUUCUAUUUGUUUUUAAUUGCUUAAAUAUGUGAUGUCAGAUGUACCACCUUAUUUAAUACAUGUUAAACUGUAAUUUCUUUGUAGAUAUGUGAGACUUAUUCAACAUAGCAGACCUAAGCAGACUGCAGGACAAGAUAAUGUCCAAGCAUCUCUAGUUAAAGAAUGACAGGAGAAAUAACAAGUGCACAUAGAUUUACUGCCCACUCAAAGCAUUGGAUGGAGCACACCAAAUGUGAGGACCUCAUCCAGACCAUGAUCCACAGUAAAGAAGUUCAGCAGCAUUUCAAGAACAUUCUGAGACCUCUCUCACUUCUCAUUCACCCGGACAAGAUGAAAGACAGGGCCGAGGAGGUGAGAUCCAGGUUUUCUGCUUAUGAGAAGAAUAAAACCACUCCUACAUCUCUGGCAGAGCUUUGCAAACUGCUGGAGGAGAGAAUCUCUCAGAUAUCACAGCUCCACUUCAUCUACCAUGAAGACCAACAGGCUCUGACAGCAGUGUUGAUUUCUGAGCUGGGUCUGAUCUGGCAUGACCUGAAAAUCCCACCUGUUGACAUCACGCUGACUCGGGACGAGAACGUGCAGCUGCAUAAUCAGACAUUCAGUGAGGUGCUGGACAUCUGUGAGCAGCUUUUUCUGCACUACCUACACUUGAUGGAUACUUUAAGGAGGCGCGGCGUCUUCAGUGACUAUGCCAACCGAAGCAGGCUGGCAGCUCAGCUGGCUUCAGACUGCACUAACCUCUUAAACGUUCGCUCCAUAAAAUCCAGGAUUGUCCCUGGAAUCAAAGCUACAAGGAGACCAAGUGCUGCAACACAGAGAGAACGACAGCAGGGGAUGUUACUGACACACUCUCAGCCCUGCCCACGUAAACAUGACCUGUUUUUUCAUGCCAAACAUCGCAUGAAAAGGGUUAUGAUGUGUAGACCUCUGGAAAAGACUGUGGAGAAUGAACUCAAGGAGAUUGAAGAGAAAAUUGGGGAGCUGGAUUUGCAACGUGUGUAUGACCUCCUGCCCUACCACAUGGAGCCAAUCAUGUGCAAGAAACACAACCAGAGAAUGGCUUGUUCAGGUUCCACAGCCAGCGUGCCUAGUAUACCGAAACAAGAAAAGGAUCCCUAUCAAAACAGAGUUGUUAGAAUGAAGGGAUGUUGUUCCAUGCCAGACCUACAGAUGGAGACACUUCUGGAGGAGCUGGAGAUUGGACUGCCCUGUCGGCCUCCAUCCCCAUUAGUCCUGCUGUCAACAGAACCAACAUCCAGCCUGGAGAAACACAUCACUCCUGCAGAUGACCUGAGGAGAUUGUUACAAGAUUAUGAUGAUGUCAACAAUGUGAGUAACUGUGAGACAGACCUGCCCCCACUUAUCAAAGCCCAUACUGACUAUGGAUCCAGAAGACUACAAAAGCUCAAACUAAGGCUACAGGAAAUGAUGGAGGAAGAGGAGGAGAAGAAGAAGAAGAAGAAGAAGAAGAGUAAAAUACUGUUUGAGAAGCCUCCACACCCACAGGGAGCAGUGGUCAGUGUGGCAAUUUCGCCACAAAUUAUCGUGCAGACGGCAGCAGCCCGAGUGUCCGACAGGGUUUUUCCAGAAACCAUCAAACUCAGCAUGUACCCACCAGUCUACAAUGACCUCAUUAAAGAGAUUGACUCAGCAUCAGUUAUGGAUCGGAACUUUGUUGAAGAAAGUAUGGAAAUAAAGAAAAUCUAUGAAGAGUUAUCCAAAACUAUCCCAACAAAGUAUUUCAACUUUGAUGAGGACCCAAGGAUUGAACCCAUACUGUCUAAUGCCAUGUGCUGCCUGAAAAGAAGGAUUAAUGAAAAACUGAUGAACCCAUUACUAAGGAGAGAGAGAACAGAGAGGGCUGCAAACAGAAAGAGGCCUGUGGAUGUGACCACACGAGCAUACAGAGCCUGGUUUCAGUGGUGGAAGUGUCAGCUAUCACUGGAUGAUUAUCUCAACUACAUUUCCAACCAGGACUCUGAUUACCUGUCAGUGUUGUUUCAUCUGUAUGACAGUGAUGAUGAGGAAGAAGAGAGACACAAACUGGCUCAGAUGCAGAAGGAAGAGAGGAGAAGAAGGCAUCAGGAAAGGAUCAAUUCAAUGAGGAGACAGAAGGAGGAAUUUCUUCCUGGUUUCUGGAAUGUCAACACCAUAGAAAUGGGAGGACUUGGGAAGGAACCUAAACUGGAUGGCAUGUUAUAUACUGGUACAUGUAGGAAAAUGCAUUCUCAUUUAGUGCCCAACAAGUAUGAAUGGGUAAUGAUAUGUCUGCUAUGUGUUUCAGAGAAAAAUCCCAAUGAGAACAUUCAGGAUGUGGGUGAAGGCCCAGCUGCUGGACUGCUGGAUGUAGACCAGAUGCAGACCAGGCUCGAGAAAGUCUGGAAUGCCCUCUAUCUGCCUGAAGGACAGCGGAUAGACAUGGCCAUCAAAUACAGCUCUCCGGGGUACAGAGACCAUCUGCAGGAGGCAAUUUCUGCAUGGGAACAGGCUGCUCAGCUGAUCCAGCAGAGGGAGUUAUUGCUGUUUAAGUUGGAGGACUUUGAGAGAGUGGCAUCUAAUCCCAACAGGUUUUUUCAACAAGGUUAUCAUGGUUCAUCUAUGGCUAGAAUGGAGGAAGCAAGACAGAGAGAGAAGCUCAACUCUCAGAUUUCAGCUGUAGACAAAGAGAUAUUCGAGAUAAUUGGCCACAUCACAACCCAUUUUAAUGGCAUUGUCACAUAUAAGGGUCGGCCAUACUGUGAGAAAAUACGCUGGGACCGUAUUGAGAUGCUGUACUGGCUACAGCAGGAGAGACGGGUUCAGUCCCUAGAGAUGUUCGUAGAGGGACGGAUGGCUCUGCCUGUAAGGCUGCCUCCUCUGAAUGACAGCCAGGAUUUUUACGCAACAACGAUCUCACAACAAUGUCUGUCUGACUGUGAGAGAAACAGCCAAUUGCAGCAACACCCCGAACCCUAAAUCAAAUACUCAUGUCUUAAAAA